AUGGUGGAGGGCGCGGGCACGGGCAUGGCCGUGGACGUGGUCGCGGACGCGGUCGUGGACGUGGUCGUGGCCGUCUGCAGCUUGGAGCGCCACUGCACGGGUCCACCAGGAGCCAACUCUCCGGGCUCCAAGCACAUUGCUGUCAAGUAUCGCUUUGUGCAAGAGAGGUAUGAACGCAACCAGCUCGAUGUCCAGUUCUGCGGGACCAAGGACAUGGUUGCUGACCUUCUCACCAAGCUGCUCAAUGGACCGAGCCAUCGUCGUUUGUGUGACAUGCUCUUCCGUUCUCAGCUUGAAGGGGAGUAUUAG